CCUCGCACUAUCCAUUCGCCAGGGCGAAAGUACAUGACUCAGCUCUUACCUCAGCCACCAACCGAUGAUUGGCGGGGCAGUUUGUGACCGCAUUGACCGCCAAAAUAAUAAUGCCGCGGGACAACAGCAAUCAUUGCUAGUCGAACCUCGUCUGCUCUUUUUCUUCCCCUUGUUGGUUGUCAUAGGUGCCAAUCCCUCUUGUUUCAUCGUUACGAUCUUCGAUGAUUUCCUCGCCACGUCGCGCGCGCUAAACUUUCCGUCUGUCGCGAACCUUAUGGGGGAAGUCGCAACCCUUCCACCACCCCAAUUGGAAACAGCUGCUUGGGACGACGGUACACCGCGCAAAUAACUCAGGAUGGCCAAUGGGAAGAACAGCGAGCCGGACGCUGGGCUGAAAAGCCUGGAUCAUUAUCGCAAUAAGCUCCCCCCUUGGCGAUACUGGCCUCGCCAGAAGCUCCUCCCGCUCAUCCGAUAUGAGACGCCGUAUCUGGCCUGGUUCCAGGGAAAGAUUCGCACACCAGCCCUGGAUUCCUACUUCGCCUUCACAGCCAACCUGGGAACGCAUACCUUUUUCAUGGUCUUUCUGCCUUUUCUUUUCUGGUGCGGGCAUGCGAGCUUAGGACGCGGGAUGGUACAUCUAUUGGCUUCGGGUGUGUUCUUUAGCGGUUUCAUCAAGGACUUGCUCUGCCUACCGCGACCCCUAUCUCCUCCUCUUCAACGAAUCACAAUGUCAGGUUCUGCGGCAUUGGAAUACGGAUUUCCUUCCACCCACUCGACGAACGCUGUCUCGGUCGCAGUAUACGCUCUCUCGCUACUGAAUUCCUCGGAGUCGACACUAAGCCCCCAGGCCAACAUCUUCCUCCAGUCCAUAACGUAUAUCUACGUCAUCUCCAUCGUUCUGGGUCGUUUGUAUUGUGGUAUGCACGGGUUCUUUGACGUGACCAUAGGCAGUCUCCUCGGGGCCUUGCUCGCUUAUCUGCAGCAUUUGUUCGGGCCUCUAAUUGAUGAGUAUGUCCUUGCCGCCACUGGGAAGGGCGUUACACUGGUGAUCCUGGUGAUCCUGGCUCUGGUUCGUAUACACCCGGAGCCUGUAGACGACUGCCCCUGUUUCGACGAUAGCGUGGCCUUUGCCGGAGUGAUGGUUGGCGCCCAAGUCGCUUACUGGCACUUGGCAAAGUCUACCAUUGAAGACGCCGCUACCUUUGAAUUUACAGGUGUUGGGCCAGUGAGAACAGCGCUUAGGCUUGUAAUCGGCGUCCUUCUACUCUUUACCUGGAGAGCAAUUAUGAAGCCCUUUCUCCUCCGGGUCCUGCCGCCUAUCUUCAGGGGCCUGGAAAAGCUUGGGCUUAUUCUUCCUCGGAGAUUUUUCACCAACGCUUCUCAAUACACGACAGUCCCAUCCCAGCUCAAGGACCACGAAGUCCUACCGGGAUUUUCUGAAAUCCCCUCGAUCAUCACGACCAUCCGUCAUCCCCGACGGCGCGCAAUCUCGGUCGGGCCGCAAUCGGAAGCCGACGCGUACGAGACCCUGGCGUAUCGUGAGAAGCGUCGACGGGAGAGUCUCUCCACCGGCAACGGCGCCUCUCCGGUACGUGUCACCGACGUUGGCGGCGGCCACUCUGCCUCCAUUUCGGAGAGGGAGCACCCCAAACUGUCACGGAAGCAGUCCAAACUGCACGAAUACGAGAAUAUGAUGGGAACCGGGGCCUCUAGUAUGGCGACAUCAGUCGAUGUCGGCUCGCAGGAAGCCACGGUGCCCUUUCCCGCGUUCGACCCCGGCAUUGGCGACGACGAACAGGACGUGUUUUCGCAAAUCAAACAGCCACGCGUUCGGUAUGACGUAGAGGUAGUGACAAAGCUUGUAGUAUAUUCCGGAAUUGCCUGGAUCGUGAUGGAGGGAGCGCCGCUACUCUUCGAUCAAAUCGGUCUGGCGGCCAAGUAGGAAGGAGUCUCGGUCCGGUCGAGAAACCUUUCUGUAACGUUAUCCCGACGGUUCAGCGGGCUGGACUAGGUAGAUGAGUCCAUGUUCAUGUCAUAACAUAGUAUACUAAGUACUAGGUACUUUGGCGUUCUUGUAAACCAAGACUUUAGGGGGCGCGCGAGCGCGCCCCCAUCCAACCCUUGAUAG